AUGACCAGUCCAGAGGCAACGACACAACCAACUGAUGCAGUAACAGACCCGACCACAAAACCGACAGAUCCAACUCCAGCUAAGCCAUCACCGGCGCAGAAAAACCCGCCUGCAAAUCCAAGUGCACUGGUAACAGCAGCGGCUGGUGAAGAGAGCCAACUAUCGGGGACUGGUACACAAAAUAACGGGCAAGCAAAACAUGGUGACCAAGGUGAACCACCAAAUGAAAGAAAAGCUGCUCUCAGCUCUGUGCCAGGGACAAUUCCGAAACCGCCGGAUCAAACGACCUAA